GAUUAGGUAUAAAACUGAUGAGCUAAUCAUUGUAGAACAUCAUUCUAGUGCCAGCACUCUAGGGGUUCGAGGCGUUGAAGUUUAGAUAUUCUCAGUAGUCAAAAUGAGACUUUCGGUUUUCAUUGCGUCAGUGACUUUUGUUGGAGCUGUUCUGGCAGUUCCCCAACAACAAACUUUUGAUGACAUUGGAAAAAUUCCCAAUGGAGAAACAUACGCUCUUGAGUGCUUGUUGGCUAGUGGAUUAGAUGUUAGUUCUUUGAAGUCGCUACAAACCGGAGAUUUUUCAAAUGGUGACCGAGUCAAGUGUCUGGUGAAGUGCUUUUUCGAGAAAACCGGUUUCAUGGAUGCAGCAGGAAAUUUGAAUGAGGAAGCAAUCGUGACGCAGCUGAGCCAGUUUAUGCCCAGAGACCAGGUCGAAAAAUUGGCAAAGAACUGCAAAAUAGAGGGAACCGACCCAUGUGAUACGGCCUACCAGGCAACCGACUGCUACUUCAAAAACAAAGCUGGAUUGUUUUAGCCGGAUGGAGAAUAGGAUGUUCUACUAGGAUUUGAGAUGUGAAUUCACAGAUGAAAUCACACAUCGAAACCCUCUAUUGACUGAACCCGGUGGUGAUGAUUGCGCAUCAUUAGUACUUAAUGUGCAGCCAAGUUCCCAGUGAUCGUGUAAAUAAAAUGUUGCGUUGUAUAUACUUCUAAA